CUAAGCAGUAAUGAAUAAUGAAAAAUAAAAAGUAACAUAAUGACCCUACUUACAAAUAGAAGAAAAUUCGACAAAAAUUAGGAAUAUGUAUAACUAUUCCUAUAUAGAUAUGAUUUCUUGAGGUUUUAAGAUAAUACAUGGCAAAGUUUGAUCUCUAUCACCAGUUUUAUCCUAAAUUCUUCUUUUUACAUUUAAGUUUUUAUUAAUUUUUGGAUAUAUGCUUUAAAGGUUGUCACAUAUUGCACUUUGUUACAGGAAAAAAAUAUAGAAGUUUGUGUAUUAUAUAUGGAAAGCAAAAUAUACAUUCAUAUUAUAUAUUAGAAACUCAAUAAUUUAGUAUUUGGGAAAUUUUUAUUGAAGUUUCCUUAAACAGAAACAGUGUAGGAUCUAUAAGUAUAAAUAGGGUGUCAAUUUAUUAGGUCUCUUGUCGUAUCUCCAUAGCAAAACCUAGCAGCAGUCACGUUUAGAGCUUCUCGAACCAAGAACAAUGGCUGAAGUCGAAUCAGAUGCUCCCGCAGCUGCUCUUGCGAAAAAGAGAACGUUCAAAAAGUUUUCCUUCAAAGGAGUCGAUCUCGAUGCUCUUCUUGACAUGCCCAUUGAUGAGCUUGUCGAGCUCUUCCCUUCCCGUAUCCGAAGAAGGAUGAAAAGAGGAUUGGCAGCGAAGCCUAUGGCUCUCAUCAAGAAAUUGCGCAAAGCGAAACUAGAGGCACCAGCCGGUGAGAAGCCAGAAGUAGUGAAAACACAUCUAAGGAACAUGGUGAUUAUGCCUGAGAUGAUUGGAAGCAUCAUCGGUGUUUACAACGGAAAAACUUUUAACCAAAUCGAGAUCAAGCCGGAGAUGAUUGGACAUUACCUUGCGGAAUUCUCAAUCACUUACAAACCGGUUUCGCACGGAAGGCCCGGUCACGGUGCUACACACUCCUCUAGGUUUAUCCCUCUCAAGUGAAGCCAUUACAAGACUUCAUGUUGUUUCUACCAUUUCUUUUGUUUUGCUUAUCUAAAUCUUUCCUAUGAUGUUGUUUCUUUUCGUCUUUGAACUUUUCUUUUAUUAUCGUUAUUACUUUUCUUGGUGACUUUCUUUAUGAGACUUGAGUUACAAUUUUGAACUUGA